AUGUCUCGGCCAAAGGAGGAGAAACCCCCGCGUGAAGAGGAGAACGAAGAGGAGGAGGAGGAGGAAGAAGAGGAAGAGGAAGAAGAAGAGGAGGAAGAGGAGUGGACCGAGCUCAACGAGCUUGAAGAGCUGCAAGAUGGGCCCAGCACAUUUUACGUGGGUGGGUUCAGUACCCUGAAAAGUCUACAGGAUGCUCUAGGGAGGGUGGCAUACCGCGAUGACCUCGUCCUUGUCUACCCGGGCAUUUACGAAGAGGAGGAGGUGUGCGUGGACGAGUCACGGCUAGACGGCCUGCGUGUCAUGAGUGUGCCGGUGGCGAUGGGCCCAAAGGGCGGGUAUCGAAAAAAAGUACGCAUUCCCAAAGAUCAGCGCCGUAUUGGGCCCUGGUAUGCGCCAUUUGGCACGGACGCACCAAAGACAGACGAUGUCACCCCCACUCUGGCAGAUUCCACCCAUUUCCCCGUAUUUGGGGGAAAAUUGACAUUGCGCAACAGUGCACCAUUCACGCCGCGUGGUGAACGCAAGGCGGUGCGUCCUAUCCGGCACUACGACCCACGCGAAGACCAAGAUCUUGACGAGGAAGACGAGGAGCAACAUGAAAAGGCAGCUGAGGAAGACGAAGAAGACGCAACAAAGGAGGAAGUCAAGCUUACUCGCCUGGAAAUGCAGGGUUUGUGCUUCCUGGCUGGGGCCGUCUUUGAGCCGCUUAGUCGAGCCACCGUGCGCCACUGUGUGUUUGGUCGGUCCGAGCUGGAGGUCAAAUCAAAGGCAACGAGCAGCAGCGAUCUCCCGCCGACGCCCUCCCCGUUGUCGGAGACCACAGUGACUGCGCACCCCUUGACGGAAGUAGAGGUGGAGUUUUGCGUGGUCUACGGUGGGCAAAAACACGGCGUGUACGCCUUCCCGCGGUGCGCACUGCGCAUUCGGAGUUGCAUUAUCCGCGGCCCGCAGCUUGGCGCCGCCCAUGAGGCGCAGGAAUUUUUGUCGCGUGCCGUGCGUCACGCGCAACAAAAUCCGCACGUACACCUCACUCCCCGCUCAAAGCAAUUGCUGGCGGAGACGCAGGCGCCAGAAAAGUCCCUCUGUGCCGUGGCCGUGUACCUAGACGACGCAGACGUUGCUCUUCAUGACGUCUUUGUGGGGGAGAGCGACGUUGGUAUUUUGCUUAUGGACGGCUGCCGUGGCACCUCCGCGCUUGCCUGCCGCGUGGAGAGCAUCAGCACGGUGGGGAUUUUGUUCGCGGGCGAGGAUGGUGCGGCAAAGAUAAAGUGCACUGCCGUGAGAGAGUGCGGUCGGGAGUGCCUCCUCGUGAAGGGCCCCGUGCCGUUACUGCCGCCGGACUCCUCACUUCUGAUGAGGGCCCACGCGGCGGCGGCGGCCUCAGGCAAAGGGGCGGCGGAGGAAGAAGAAGAGGAGGAUGACGAGGAGGACGAGGAGGGCGGUGCCGCGAACGCCACCCCGCGGGUGCCUGUGCCCACGCAGCACCCCAUUUUGCGCGGCAAUGCCUUUGAGGGCGGAGUCCGUCUAGAGGGCGACAUCAGCUGUGCGGCCAUGUGCGACAACGUUAUUUAUGUGCCGAAGGACGAAGUUGCCACUCAGGCUCCAACGUUUCUGGGGCCCGCCGCGGAGAAGCGCUUUGCGCUGAAGGGGUUUCUCACCCACGUCCGCGGCACCACGCCGCGGGGGCAUGACAGUGAUUAG